CCCAGAAUGCAGAUGCCAACACUCAAGAGAGUGGAGUCUUGGGGCUAAAGAACCAGCCUUGGGAUGAGAAUCCACCUAGAGCAGGAAGAAAGUAUUUCUGGAUAAUCAGUAGAGUCAGGGCCAUGGCCUGACAGGGAGCAGCAGUGGGACAGGGAGCAGGGGACAGCAGCAGUAGCUCACAGAGGAUACAACAUCACAGAAACAGUUAAUGGUGAGACCUGGGGUAAGUAGGAAGACUCUCAUGCAACUUACUGGGUGUUCUUCCUGCAACUGCAGUGCUAACAGGUGAACAGACUGUGCUGGUGGAUUUGAAGCAGUCUCAGAAUGCUGCUGUAAUUUCUCUUCAUCUUCUGGCCUGAAAAGGAAGUCAGAAGGAGGAGGAAAUGGCUGUUUUUCAGGAUUCAGUUACCUUUGAAGAUGUGAUUGUGACUUUCACUCCAGAGGAGUGGGCACUACUUCAUACUUCAGAGAAGAAACUCUAUGGAGAUGUUAUCUGGGAAAACUUCAGGAACCUGGUCUCAGUAGGAAAAUUACAGGAAUAUCAUGUUGCAGAAGACCAGUAUAGGAACCUAGGGAGAAAACAAAGAAACAUAGAGAAAAUCUCUGAAGUCAAGGAAGAAAGUAAAUAUGGAGAAAACAGUCACAAAGUAUUUGCUUAUUCUGGUGCCCUUCAACGACACAAGAGAACUCAGAGUAGCGAGAAAAUUUACAAAUGUAAACUAUGUAAGAAAGUGUUGAGUUCAGCCAGUUCUCUCCAGAAACAUGAAAGAACUCACAGUGGAGAGAGACCCUACGAAUGUAAAAUAUGUAGUAAAGCCUUCAGUCAAUACAGUAACCUUCAGGUACAUGAAAGAACUCACAGUGGAGAGAAACCCUACGAAUGUAAAAUAUGCAAUAAAACAUUCAGACAAUCCUGUCAUCUUCAAGUACACGAAAGGAUUCACAGUGGAGAGAAACCUUAUGAAUGUAAGGUAUGCAGGAAAGCCUUCACUUGGUUCGGUCAUCUUCGGGCACAUGAAAGAACUCAUAGUGGUGAGAAACCUUAUGAAUGCAAAAUAUGUAGCAAAGCCUUCAUUUAUCCCAAUUCUCUUCAGUUGCAUGAAAGAACACACAGUGGAGAGAGACCCUACGGAUGUAAACUGUGUAGUAAAGCAUUCAGUUCUUCCAGUUCUCUUCGGACUCAUGAAAGAGCACACAGUGGAGAGAAACCUUAUGAAUGUAAAAUAUGCAGUAAAGCAUUCAUUCAGUCCAGUACUCUCCAGACACAUGAAAGGACCCACAGUGGAGAGAAACCCUAUGAAUGUAAGAUAUGUAACAAAGCAUUGAGUUCUUCCAAUUCUCUUCAGAAACAUGAAAGGACGCACAGCGGAGAGAAACCCUACGAAUGCAGAAUAUGUAAUAAAGCGUUCAGUUCUUACGGUUCUCUUCAGACACACGAAAGGAUUCACAGUGGAGAGAAGCCCUAUGUGUGUAAAGUGUGUAAUAAAGCAUUCAGCUGUUCCAGUCACCUUCAAGUACAUGAACGAACUCACAGUGGAGAGAAACCCUAUGAAUGUAAAAUAUGUAGCAAAACAUUCAGUCAAUCUGGUAAUCUUCAUGCCCACGAGCGAACUCACAGUGGAGAGAAACCUUACGAAUGUAAAAUAUGCAGUAGGGCCUUCAGUCAAUCCAGUACUCUUCGGAAACACGAAAGAGCUCACAGUGGAGAGAAGCCAUAUAAAUGUGACAUGUGCAGUAAAGCCUUCAGUUGUUACAGCUACCUUCGAAGGCACGCAAGAAUUCACAAUAGGAAGAAACCCUACGAAGGUAAAAAGUACAGUAAGGCCUUCAGUCAAUCCAGUACUGUUGAUGCACGUGAAAUACCUCACGGUGUAGAAAAACGUUUUGACUAUAAAAUGCGUAGCGUACCAUUCAGUCCUUCUGGUUCUCUUCAGACACAUGAAGUCACUAACAGUGGUGAGAAACCCUAUAAAUAUAAAAUGUUUGAUGAAGCCUUCAGUCAUUUCUGUGGUCUUCAAAAGUAGUCAUGAAGGAACCCACAGUGAAGAGAGCCUCUACUAAGAGUAAACUGUGUGGGAGUCUGUAGUCCUUAAGCUUAUCUUUAGAUACUCGAAGGAAAGCAUAUUUUUUAGGAAACCCUGUGAAUAUAAACAAUGUAGUAAGACGUUUGAUCAUCCCAGUUAUGAUACAGUUCACUCAAGUGGAGGAUGGUAAGGUCUGUACAGAUCACAGUUCUUAAACAUAUACAUGGACCCAUACUGGAGGUCAUAAAUUUAUCAAAGUUAGGAAGCCCAUCCUAGAAUAAUGACUCAUAGUUCUCAGUAUUCAAGCCUUUUUUUUCUUUUGUUAGGUUUAUUCCUAGAUAUUUGGCUGUAUGUGCUGCAGUAAUUGGGAUCAAUUUCUGUAUUUAUUCUUCCCACUUACUGUUUGCAUAGAUGGAUGCUAUUGAUUUUUGUAUAUUUAUUUUGUAACCUGGUACCUUACUAAUACUGCUUAGUAAUUUCCAGGAGCUUCUUAAUGGAUUCUUUAGGACUUUAUCUGUAUACUAUCAUAUUAUCUGCAAAUAGUGAUUGUUUGAAUUUCUUCCAGUUCAUAUCCCUUUAAUUCCUUUCUCUUGCCUAAUUGCUUUAGCUAGGACUUGCAACACUGUGUUGAAGAAGUAACUAUAGUAGUAGGUAGCCCUGUCUAGGACCUGAUCUCAGCGAAGACUAGUUUUUCACCUGCAUUUUUAGUGCUUGCAAAAACCCACAAGAUAUGAAUCCUUGUUAAUGUAAGCACUGAACAAGUCUCCAACGAUGAUCAAGAUGUGCAAGAAAAUGAAAGGACUGGCACAGAAGCAAAGCCUAAUGAUAAAUAUUCUUUUUCUUUCUUUCUCUAUUAUUUUUGAGAAAGAUGUAGCAAAAGACACAGACACAGAGAGAAACACCAGAGCCCUGCUCAGCUCUGGUUUGUGGUGGUACAGGGGAUUGAACCUGGGACUUCAGAGCCUCAGGCAUGAGAAUCUCUUUGCAUAACCAUUAUGCUGUCUACCCCACCAUGAUAAACAUUCUUAAAACUCCCCACACACAAAGUCUGAGAUUAACCUGAUUAAUAAAUUAAUGUAAAAAUUUCAAGAAUUCACCUUGACUCCAAGGUGCCACUACAGAUAGAAUGCUGAACUUCCAGUGAGCGAUGCUUUUAGAAAGAGUCUAUUUUCCCUCUCAUCAUCGACUAAAUCUUUUUUUUUUUCUUUGUGAGACCUGUGGUGACAAGGGCUGGGGUUGCAGGGAGGUGUAGACUUUGGUGACGGCUGUUUUGAAUUACACAUGCCAUAUGUGAGUGUGAAAUUAUAGUCCUGGAACCCUAAACUUGUACAACAAUGUUAAUUCAUUAAUAAAAAUUCUGAGAAAAGU